AAUACAUAUCUCUACAUAUCAGUAUUAUUCAUUAGAUUGUUGAAAGAGAAGCUAUUGUCUUUGUUGUAUUUGGUUUUUCUUUUUAAAAGUACGUAAUUGAUAAAAGAAGAGGUGUUUCACUUUUCUCGGAAAAACAUUUAUUAAUUUACUUAUACCGAGAAAUAUAAUCGGCGAGGGGAGGAGAAGGGUGUCGGCGGCGGCAAGAGCGCGCGAGCGAGCGCAAAUUCGCGAAACGAAAAUCGCAGUUUACUAGCGCUAAAAGUAUAAGAAACAAAACAUACCAGUACGUACCUGGGGCACAUAGAAAGUAUCGAAAAGAAGUAACGCUCCAUGGAUGAUAUUAUGGCCAUGCCGUCGAGCGAUUCGGAAAAGAACCUCGAGUACCGGGUUUACAAGUGUUCGAGUUUCACCACUCCAUUCGUGCCCGAAAACAUACUUGUUGAUAAACCGUCAGAUCAAAACUCUCGCUGGUCGACGGACAAUGACAACUAUCCGCAGUACAUGACUCUGAAGCUCCAAGAACCUGCCAUUGUCAAGAGGAUAACGUUUGGCAAAUUUGAAAAGACUCACGUUUGUAAUGUCAAAAAGUUCCAAGUGUAUGGUGGCAUCAAUCCAGAGAGUAUGCUGAAACUUGCAGAAGGUGGGCAGAGGAAUGACGCUAUUCCAGAGACGUUCGAGUUGAAGUGUACAAUUGGAGCAAAUAAACAUUACUUUCCGGUGAGGUACGUUAAAAUUGUUGUCCUGCAGUCUUGGGGUCCAAAUAUGAACUGUUCUAUGUGGCAUGUGAAGCUCACGGGGAUCAAUGACCACAAUUUGGUUAAGAUAGGCUUGGAUUGGUUGCAGGAGUAUCAAAAGAGAGAGGUAAUUAGACUUUGCAUAAAACACUUCAGAAAGUACCAGCAGCAAGAAAUAGUGGACACGCUUGAGAGAGUAACAGGAACUCUAGUGGAAGAUCCUCAAUUGUCAGUUCUAUAUGAUUUGCUUGUCGUGAAAGGAAAUCAUAUUAAAGCAGAAGAAUUUAUAGCAAAUGCUAUUUGCACUGGGCUUUUAGAUGAAUAUAUAAAUGAUCAACUGUACCAAGUGGUGUGGCAAAAAAUUUCCAUACCAGACCUAAAACCUGGCAUGAGAGGUGGUCAUCAGAUGGUUCUUGAUCCAUCCACAGAGAUUCUUUACCUUUUUGGUGGUUGGAAUGGGAAUCAAGAUCUAGCUGACUUGUGGGCAUAUGAUAUCAAUACCUCUACAUGGACGUUGAUCUGCUCAGAUACAUCAGCAGUUGGUGGACCUUCUGCACGAUCAUGUCACAAAAUGUGUUUAGAUCCAGAAAGACGUCAAAUUUUUUUGUUGGGGCGGUAUUUAGACACGCAGUUUAGAACGACUGAAAACUUAAAAAGUGAUUUUUUUGUCUAUGACAUAGGCUGUGACAAAUGGACACAAAUUUCUGAAGACACGGCUGCAGUUGGUGGUCCAGAGCUGAUAUUUGAUCACCAAAUGCUAAUGGAUAUUGAAAAAAGAACCAUUUACAUAUUUGGUGGACGCAUACUUAUCCCGCCAAUGACACAAGAAGAAAACACAUUGAGUACUGGGGAUCUGAACUUUUCUGGUUUGUUUUCUUAUCAUGUUCCUACAGGUACUUGGCAAAAACUUGCUCAUGACAUAGGAAGACCAAAUAUUCAAAAUUUGCCAAGUAUUAAAUCCAGAGUUGGACAUUCCAUGUUGUUCAAUCCUGCAUCUAGAAAAUUGUACAUAUUUGCUGGACAGAGAGGUAAAGAUUACUUGAAUGAUUUUUUUACUUAUGAAGUGGAUACUAACAAGGUGGAAAAUAUCAAUUUGAACGAAUUAAGUACCAAAGAUACAAGUCAUAUUCCUGCAGCUGGUUUUACUCAACGUGCCACAAUCGAUCCAGAACUUGGCGAAAUUUAUGUUUUAUCUGGUUUGAGUAAAGAUAAGGACAAGCGAGAUGAAAAUGUUCAGAACUCGUUAUGGGUUUAUAAUAUCAAAAGUAACAAAUGGGUUUGCAUCUAUAAAAAUGAAAAUUUAGGAGAAAAAUAUUGGGCGAAAAGGCAAAAUUUUGAGCCUUGUCCACGUUUUGCACAUCAACUUGUAUAUAAUCCUGUAAAAAAGGUUCAUUAUUUAUUUGGUGGAAAUCCCGGACGAUCUUGCGUGCCAAAACUUAGGCUUGACGAUUUCUGGCAGCUUGAAUUACGCAGACCAUCGCAUGAACAAAUUCUGGACAAAUGCAAGCUCAUAAUUAGAAAAUAUAAAUUUGCGGAGCUUGCAGUGGUUGAUACUUUUGAGGCACUGGAUUAUUUACAGACACAAGUUGCAGAAAUAAUUGAUCAUAAAGAUGAACAGCAAAUCAAAGAGUUACAUAUGUUAACAUCGCUGCUUUUUUGCAAUCAAUUUGGCCACAAAGAACUUUCAGACGAAGACGACGAAAUUAGCAAAUUUUGUGAGCUAGGAUUGAAUGAAAAAGACAAAAGGCAGAGGAUACAUAGUCGUCGAACGGAGCUUUACGAUAAACUAUCCGAGUUCUUCCCAGAAUCGCUGACCCAACCACGCGUAAAUCUUACUGAUAUUUUACCAUUGUGAUAAAAGACGAAAAUUUCUUAACGACGAGGAUCCAACUGGUCUAACAAGUGCUGCAACAUAUGUCUUGUGACGAUAAUCGGAAUUUUCCAAUUCGUUUUUCUUUCUUUUGUUUUAUUUAUUUUUUAUCAUUUUUUUUUUUUUUUUUUUUUACUUAAAAUAUUAAUGAGAGAAAUGGAUUUUUGUACAGUUGUCAGUAGCUAAAAAUAUGUACAUUAUAAAAUAAUAUUGUAUAGAAUGGAGUAAAAAAGUACGAGUCUGAGAGAUUUAUGCUAGACUCCUGAUAUUUUCUAGUUGUUAUUAGAUGGUCUAUCUUGCCAAAAUUGUUUUAUUUAAAUUAUUGCUUAAGUUUUAAUAAGUUAUGUUUAUUUGAUUGUAAAUUUUUAAAAUAAUGUUUAUGUGCUUGAAAACGCAACAUUGUACAUUAUUGUUGAUACAUAAUGCAGAAUUUUUCGUACAAGUAUUACCUUUCAUUGAAAAAUACGAUUUUUUGUUGAAAAA